GCGGUGGCGGCGGCGGCGACGUGCUUGCCGUCGCUGCAGCGGCUGCUGUCGUGCCUGGACUUCAUCGAGCACCGGGCGGAGGAGAUCCCCGUCCCGUGCUGCGUCCAGGUGAGGGACACGGCGGCGCGGCAGCCGUGCUGCCUCAUGCACGUCACGCGCGGCGACGCCGCCAGGCUCAUCAGCCCCGAGUUCGACGCCGCCCGCGCCAUGGUCAACGUCACCGGCCAGUGCCUCGGCGACGCCUCCGUCCUCGUCGCCAUCGCCCGCAACUGCUCGGGAAAGCCGCUCCCGCCGCUGACACCAGAGUUUACGUUUACUACUGCCGAGGUGCCGCCGCCGCCGCCAUCGUCGUCGUCAGGAGCAACCAGGCUGCAGGUCUCGUCGUCUUCCACCUCAUUAUUGUUACUAGCCCUUCUUGCCAGCAUCGUCGUCUAUGGAGCCUUUGCUGUUCUAGGAAACUAG